AUGUCUAUCAAUGGCCUGACGUUACAGAGCGGUAUUGGUGCUUUGCCAUUUGUGCCUUUGAACCAAGAAAUGAUGGCAUUCAAAGCGGCCCCUGUGGUUGACGUAAAACUGUGGCCAGUAAGCGCAGGCGCGAAAUCCGAAAUAUUUGGAAACAACAAGAACAUCAGGUUUAAAGGCCAUUUGUUUGUGACUUCACAACGACUGCUUUUUCUCAAUAGUGACGAGAGUAACGCGGUGCACAAUUUGGUCAUAUUGCACCGACAGCUCACUCUUGCAAAAGAGGAGGUCAGUCCCAUAGCGCUGGUGAUGCCGUGGUUCGGGACCAAUUCUCUGGUCUUCGAGUUCAAGAUUCUACCAGAACAGAGUCUCAACAAUGGCCCGUGGCUCGAUAACGCGUACACGUGGCGAUGCGAACUCACUCUCGAAAAGCGUUCGAGAGACGUAAGCGAUCUUUUCCAGCUUCACGACUCCAUCAAAAGUGCGUUGGCUUCUAACGCUGUAGGUGCCAGGGCCGAAGAGGAAGAAGAAGAGCCAUUGCCCGAAUAUGUCCCGUAA